AAUGAGACGUAAGCAUGCACUCUACGGGGAAAUUUUGAUAGGAGUGGACGCUGUGAUCAGCCUGUGAAAUGGCCUUGUCAAAGCUCUUGCUGGUUGCCGUCGUAGUGAAUGUUAUCGCUAUAGCCACAUGUGUCGCUGCUGCUACCGCCAUACCUAACGUGACAGAGCUAUCAGACACCUCUCAUGGAAGGAGCGAUUCUCCUGUAAUAACGUCUACAAAUCUCUCAGAAAUUAUAGUAAACCCUGGAGAAAAUUAUACUAUAACAUGCGAGGGUGAUACUUCUGUAAUCUGGGAUUACCCCAACAUUUCGGACAGUGAACCCAACAUACAUUCAACUUUGAAGAAAGGCAAAUAUAUAUCAUCAAUUCAGCUGACAGAUGUUACAUACAAGGAUGUUGGAUAUUACCAUUGUUUGUUUGACAAUAACAGUGAGAAAAAUACAUCUAUAUACUUGUAUGUGAAAGAUACGAAGAACCUGCUUACAUAUAGUGACAAAGUCUUUGCACCAAUACAUGGUAUGCAGUAUCAGGACAUUGUCAUUCCUUGUAAGCCAACACACCCUGAAGUGAAAGUGACCCUCUGCCACAAUGGUGAUGAAAAACUUCAUGUUGGUGAAAAUGAUGACCUUGGUGUCAUCGGAUAUGACCAGAAGGUGGGCUUCGUUCUGGAAAAUGUCCAGAUGAUGCACAAUGGAUUCUAUAGUUGCUGUGUACUUCCUGGUGGCAUCUGCAGUGAAGAUGAAUGUCCUCGUAUAUAUUCUCUUGAAGUGCUAAAACAUGCAGAUACUGUAGCAAGACCAGCCAUUGAUGAGACCCAUUUGCAACAUGUGAAAGUUGGUGAGAAUGUGACUAUAGAGUGUAGAAUUACUGUGCCAACUUCAACAAGGUGUGAUUUGGAAUGGAUAGUUCCAAAUGAGAGUGAACAUAUCACAGUAGAAGAAAUAGAGAUAGAGCCUCCAAUGAGCCCUGGGCACCAUUUCACAACAACAACAAGAAAAUUAAAAAUAUUUAAUGCAAAAUUGGAAGACACAGGGAACUACACUUGUAAAGUGGAAGAUCUUGCAAAAAAUACCAACAGUGAAACAGUAUAUUUGAAAAUUUUUAAUAGGAAUGAGGCUUACAUAAACUUGUCAGUAAAUGGGAACAAAACUGAUAUGGAAGUUGUUGAAGGACAGAACUUGAAAUGGGUCAUCAGUGUUGAAGCACAUCCGCAACCUGAGUUUUCAUGGUACAAGAAUGAUGGUAUAAUCAACAAUUCAUCCAGAAUGAUUGUUUCAACCAAAUAUAAUGGGAAACAGUCUAUACUGGAAAUAAAACAGGUUACUAUUGAAGAUAGAGGUACUUACAAAAUGCGUGCAACAAAUGAAAAUUUCACCAAAGAACUGACACUGAAACUUAUUGUGCUUGGAAAACCUCAUGUCUACAUGCCACAAUAUCCACUUAAAUUUUUGUAUAAACCGUCUCAGAAAGUGGGUGCCAAAGUGAAUGCCGCUAUUCUUGGAAAGCCAAGCCCAAAUGUGACUUGGUUUUUUCAGCCAGAGGGUAUGGAGAGAAUGGCCAUCAAUAAUGAAAAUUUCAAAAAUUAUAUUGUCAGUGAAGAGGAUGGGUACGAAACAAUUUCAGAACUGCAGCUGAAUGCUACAGAAUCUGGAGUUGUGGAAUGUAUUGCUGCUAAUAAGUAUGGAAGUGACACAGAGAAAACACAGAUCAUCAUCACUGAUGUAGCAGAUGGUUUUGGAAUAUUACCAGUGCAAGAAGAAAUUGUAGAAGGAGACACAGUCAAUCUUACAUGCCGAGCAUCUCGUCAUAAUUUCACUAAUAACAUGAAAUGGUAUAGAAAUGGAGAGGAAAUUGAUGGAUACAGUAAUACCAAGCGUAUUUCAAUACGGCAAGGAGAAACAGCUUACUCAUUUCAGUCAGAGUUGAUAAUUGCAAAUGCAUCGGAGUCUGAUCGUGCUGAAUAUAAAUGUGUUGCUUGUACACCCAGUCCAAGCAGUUGCUUAGAUACAAUUUUAACUUUCACAGUGAAAGAAAAUCCAGAUUCUGUAACAAGACCAGCCACUGAUGAGACCAAUUUGCAGCAUGUGAAAAUUUGUGAGAAUGUGACGAUAGAGUGAAUAAUUACCGUAUGCACCUCAACAAAGGUUGCUUUGAAAUGAAUAGUGCCAAAUGAGAUGAGCAAUAUUUUAAUUCUUUUCUAGUUACUUCAUUGUGCCUUUAAUCCAUGGAGAGGGACUUGAGUAGAUACAAAUGGUGUAUUGACUGUUUAUAAAUUUAUAGUGAUGAAAGUGUUUUGAUGUAAUACAGUGUUUUGAUAUUUUGUACCUGUACUUGAUUUCCUAACAAACAGAGUGAACAUAUCACUGUAGAAGAAACAGAGAUAGAGCCUCCAGUGAGCUGUGGGCACCAUUUAACAACAGGAAGAAGACAAUUAAAAAUAUUUAAUGCAAAAUUGGAAGACACAGAAAACUACCCUUGUAUAGUGCUAGACCAUGCAAGAAAUACCAAUAGUGAAAUGAUAUAUUCAAAGAUUUUUAGUGAAUAAAUGUUGUGAUACUUAUUUUAUCUACUUUCUCAGUACAUUAUCAGCAUUGCAAGUGUUAAAAUUCAUUGUAGCUUAAAGUAUGAGCUGUGGUUUUUAUUUUAGGUACAUUUAGAUUGUGAACACUGAAUCAGUGAAGGGCUAAGAUAUAACUGUUCCAUCUCCAUUACAUGCUGUUUCAAAGGAUUAUCUGCACAUAAUUAAGCUUUGAUUUUAGGUCUCUCAUCACAAUUGGUAGCUAUUCAUGACAUAGCAAAAUUAAGUGUUUCAUAUGGGUAUAAUUUAUACAAAAUAAAGUACCUCUGUUGUGCACAUUAGGAAGAUUUUAUACAGUUAUUAGGGAUUUGUUUCCCAGUGACCAUUAGGCCUCAGUCCACAUUUAUUGGUAAUCAGAUAAAUCAGAGUGUGAAUUUGUCUCCCCUUUCCACUCCAUUUGCCCCACCCUUUUAUGUAUUUUCAUUUGUUAGUGACUACAACAUUUACGUUUGUUAUUUUUUUGUUUGUUUGUUUUACACUGUCAGCUAAACUCAACCAUGACACGACUGUUUCAAUUUCUUUUACAGAGACUAUACAUAACCAUAUGAUGGUUACUACAUCUGAUUCCUUGUUUUAUUACUAUUUAAUGAUUAAAUAUCAUUCAAAACCUAGAGCUGAAAUAUACCUACAGUAACAAGUGGUGGCUUGUAGAUGAAGCUCUUAAAUAAACCGUGAAGUUCUUUUUUCACUUUUAGAAUAUGGGUUUUUAAGUUUAUACAAACCAUUUAUUACCACCACAUUGAUAAAUUCUAAUAGUAAUAGAAACAAAAGACCAGCACAGUGUCUUCUCCAUAAACAGUACUUCUCCAUGAACACACAAAAAUACUUCUGCAUUACUCAACUAGCAAAACGUACAACAUCAAGAAGACAAAACCCCAGACACAGACUGCCUCCUGGGAAUCAAAAUUAUUCUUUUCAAAUAAUGGAAAAGCCAGGAUGGAAUGUAACAAUAUUAUGAGAAGGAAAGUUGCUACUCACUAUAUAGUGGAGAUGCUGAGUCGCAGAUAAGCACAACAAAAAAGCUCUCACAACUAAAGCUUUCAGCCAUUAAGGCCUUCGUCAACAAUAGACACACAUAUGCACACACACACACCCACACUCUCACACAAAUGCAACUCACACACAUGACUGCAGACUCAGGCAACUGAAUCCACACAUACUGUUGAUAUUAUUCUUUUAUGACAGUCAAAAACAAGAGAUAAAAAUUAUGCAAGGUUUCCGCAAUUCAUACUAAAAUAGCCAUGGUUUGCAAAGUCUAGAAAAGUCUAGGAAAAUAAUAACAUCAAUUGUGAGAAUGCAUCUCAAUUACAUACCUUGCCCCAUCUGACAGCAUACAAUUGUUAUGUUGGGCACCCCCUACUGAUAGUGUGGUGACAUAACAGAUUGUGAUAUAAAUCUCAUCCCCUUUCAGUGCGAGGUCUACGAGAAACGCAGAGUAAAAUUUUAAAAGGCACUCUAAACCUGCCAGUUUUUGUAAAUACAUCUAGGAGUGCUUUUGACACCAUAACAAGGUUUAUAGCACAAGAUGACAUAAAAAUUUAUAAGUAAACAUAGAUGUUGAAUUUAAUGAUAGAACUGAAGUAAAUAAUUUUGAUACAAAUGGCUACUUAGCUAUCAAUUUAUAACUAGUAGUAUAACUGUAUUUCUAUAACAGUUUCAAUUAGAUGCCAAACUUAAGAAUGCAUACUCUAAAACAGAUAUAUGAUGUUACUUUUCUACAUUUGUAAACUUUUAACUUUUGAUAGCUGAAAUGUAUGUAUGCUAAAAGCCAAACAUAAAAGCUGGUUGAUAUUGGAUUGUUUCCAAUGAGUGGCAAUGUUAGUUAGCAAUGUAUAUUGCCUGCAACAUUGUAUGGUAGCAUUUUGUAAUCUGCAGCAACAAGAUUUCUAUUUUGACCACAUAAAAUGUUUCGAGUGAUCAUUACCUCCAUGUGUCAUCUAUGCUUUCAAAGAACCACAUGUGCAGCAUGAUGGUGACAAUUAGAUGCAGAAUAUUUGGGUGCUGUACCAUAACAUUGUUGCUAUUUGAAUGGUUGUAAAUGACUUAUGUAAUAAAAAAUAAACAUGCCUAAUUGUAA